CUCCGCCACUUUCCUCCCCCUUUCCCUCUUCGUCUGCUUGCAUCCCCACCGUUGCCGCCAGCACCCCCACUGCGCCAUUGCCACCAUGUCCAACGAGUACUACCUCAUUAAGAUCCCCAUCUAUGAGACCCACAUCGACCAGAGCGGCACCACCUUCAUCUCCUACAAGGUUGAGGCCACGUACAAGGGCACCAUCAACUCGGUCUUCCGUCGCUUCUCCGAGUUCGUGACCCUUCACAACGAGGUCCGCAAGGCUUACAAGGGCAACCACCUGGCCUCCAACAUCCCGGUCUUCCCCCCGAAGCACCCCAAGUUCAUGAUUGACCACAUGGAUGAUCACUUCGUCGAUGAGCGCAAGUUCAACCUCGAGCGUUACAUGCAGCUUCUCAGCCGCCUGCCGAAGAUUGAGCAGGUUCCCAUGUAUGUGGACUUCCUCGAGGGGCGUCCCCUGCAGCCCUCUGACAAGAAGUAAGGCGCACGCACGCGUGCACACACAGACACACAAGCGCGACAUGUGUCCCUUGCGUGGCCGCGCAGCCGGAUGCUUUCCCUCCUUUUCCCUGUCCCCCGUUCUCCUCUCGCCCGCCCCCCUGGGUGUGUCCCAUCCACUGGACAUCCAUUAUCCACUCCUGGUCCCAGGAGGGCCAGGUGAUGGCGUGUGAGAGGUGGUGUGCCCCCCCCCCCCUCCCCCCCC